GUGGCUUUGCGCUGCAGUUGUGCACUGCUGCUGCUGGUGCUGCUGCUGCGGCUGAGAAGUGAGUGGGAAGGAAGGGGGCUGGGCUGGGAGGAGAAGGAGCGAGUGAGAUAGAGAAAGAGAGAGAGAGAGAGCAAGAAGGUGAGAGCGACGCGCAGAUUGAAGAAGACGUGGAGCGGAGAGGGAGUAGAGAGAGGGAGCGAAGAGAAGAGGAAGGAGAGGAGGGACCGUUGGACUUCUGCCAGGGUUUCCCAGCAACAGCGGCGGCGGGAAUCGCCUCCUUUUCCCACCUCCUGGUGGACCUGCUGUUCCGCUGUGGGCUUUUCCGCCCUCCUGGACUUCUGUCAUCCUUCAGCGAGAGCAAAGAGAGCAGGGAGAGAGGGAAGCAACUGAGAGAAAGAGGAAGAGAGAGAGAGAGAGAGAAAAGAAGAAGAGGAAGAGAGGCACUAGUCUUCGCAUCCUAGACUGAACCCAGGGGUGAGCUGAGGGUUUUUAGAAAGAAAAGAAGUGAGAGAGAGAGAGAGAGAGAAAGUGGAAAGAUUAAGGAGUAUGGAAUAGUUUGACAGUACAGGAUUGUUAGUAUAGUGUAGUACGGUAAAUAGUGAAGUAUAAUUUUCUGUGGUUUCACUUUUAUAGUACUGUGUGAGGUGCAGUUUACUAUAUGGUAGUGAACUAGUAGACAGGAGUGUGCGCUGAAGGAAGUGAGGUAUUAGAGAAAGUGAGUGAGUGAAUGAGAGAGUGAGUGAGCAAGCAAAAGAGAAAGUGAGAAAAAGAGAGAGAGAAAGAAAAGAAUGAUAAGUGACUGACAUGUGCAGAGAUGGGUAAAUGGAUAAGAUAAAUGGAUAAUUGGUGUCUCGAUUGGAGCCUCUAGUGAAAACCUACUCAAGACAGGUGGAAAAAAGUGGUCUUCAGGAAAGCUUCCUCUUUUACACACAAUUCUCAGCACAUAUUAGGAACAGCUUCCUGGACCUAACCGGCGCUAACGCAGCAGAUCCCACCUGUUUCACAUCCACAAUGCUCUUCUCCAGGAUUUGCACUUCCCGCUGGGAAACUUUUCCGGGUUCAUUAUGAGCUCUCUGCUCUGCGUUUUCCCACGCCGCCGUACGGUUUUUCCAUCUGCUUCCCGUCCCGCUUACCUGAGUCUCUGAUGAAAGCCCCGUCCUCCGGCACACACCUUUCACCCCCACCCCUGACUCAGCCGCCUCCUACCCCCUGCUCGACUCCGCCUUGGAUGUGUAGGAAACCAUGGGAUGCUCAGGCAAAGGUGUGGAACAGAUGAGGAACAAGGUGUCGCCACCAGUUUCUGGCUGGAAUGAACUCUAAAAAGAGACAAUGGACUGGAGAGAACUGGCUGCUCAGAAGCUGAACCUCUCCAAGCGGAAGAAGCCGCACCCCCCUCCGCCCCCCUCUCCCCCUGACCCGGACGAGCCGUUCUUCUACACCGAGGGUUUCAGUGCCACCCUGCAGGUGUCGCCUCCACCUGUCCCACCAUGCCUGCUGAGGGCCGGUGCAAAGGUCAAAGACAGCCCCGGGAUGGGAAAGGUUAAAGUAAUGGUGCGUAUAUGUCCUGCCAAAGGGGCAUGGGACACUUCUGAGUCCAUGUCCUUCCUGAAGGUAGAUGCCCAUAAGAAGCAGCUGACCUUUUGUGAAUCGCCUGCCAGUACUCACUCCAAUGGAGGCCAGAAGCGCUUUUCUUCCACCAGUGCCCCAAAGACUUUCAACUUUGAUGCAGUUUUCACCCAGGAUGCCUCACAAGCAGAGGUGUGCUCAGGAACUGUGGCUGAGGUCAUUCAGUCUGUAGUCAACGGAGCAGACGGCUGCAUCUUCUGUUUCGGACAUGCCAACCUCGGCAAGAGCUACACCAUGAUUGGCAGAGACAGCACUACCCAGAAUUUGGGCGUGGCCCCCUGCGCCAUCUCGUGGCUCUUUAAGCUGAUCGAGGAGCGGAAGGAGAAGGCCGGCGCGAGGUUCUCUGUGCGUGUUUCGGCCGUGGAGAUCAGUGGCAGGGAGGAGGUGCUGACUGAUCUUCUAGCUGACUUUGCUCCCAGCACCUCCCAGGACAGCCAGGGGGCGGGGGUCUACCUGAGGGAGGACCCUGUCUCUGGAUCCCAGCUGCAGAAUCAGAGUGAGCUGAGGGCGUGUUCUGCAGAGAGAGCUGCUUUUUUCCUGGACUCAGCUUUAGCAGCACGGAGCACCAGCAAACCUGAGUGUGAAGAUGAGCAGCGGUGUAACUCCCACAUGCUCUUCACCCUGCAUAUCACCCAGUACCGCAUGGAGAAGAGCGCCAAGGGAGGAAUGUCUGGUGGUAGGAGUCGCCUGCACCUCCUGGACCUAGGCAGCUGUGAAUCUGACCUCAGCAAGACAAGAGACGGAGGAGGGGGACAGUGUCUUUCACUCUCUGCCCUUGGGAAUGUCAUUCUUGCUUUGGCAAACGGUGCCAAGCAUGUUCCGUACAGGGACAGCAAGCUCACCAUGUUGCUGAGGGAGUCACUGGGCAACAUCAACUGCAGAACAACCAUGAUUGCCCACAUCUCUGAUUCGCCAGCCAAUUACACAGAGUCACUCUCCACUGUUCAACUAGCCUCCCGCAUCCACCGCAUGAGGAAGAAGAAAUCAAAGUACACCUCCAGUUCAUCAGGAGGGGAGAGCUCUUGUGAGGAGGGACAAAUCCGACAGCCGGCUCAUUUGAGACCCUUCCACCCAAGGACGGUGGCUCUAGACCCAGAGCACCCUGCCCUUUUGUCCAGUGACCCAGACUACUCCUCGAGCAGCGAGCACUCCUGUGAUACAGUCAUCUAUGUGGGUCCUGGAGGAGCUCCGAUGUCUGACCGUGAGCUCAGUGACAAUGAGGGACCUCCUGCUUUUGUGCCCAUCAUUCCCUCGUUGAACAAAAAACGUGCAAACGCUCCCAAAUCCGAUGGCGAUCAUUUGAAAUGUAACACUUUCGCAGAACUACAAGAGCGACUUGAGUGUAUCGAUGGAAGUGAGAGCACAUCUGUAUUCCCUGGUGAAGGGAAAGCACCCCAGACAGUCCCCAAAGCUCAGCAAAGUGGAGCUGGAAAAGCGACAGAGGGGACUGCUGUAUCUUCUAAGACAGCUAAAUCCUCCCUCCAAAAGCCUGCUUACAUGGAACAUUGCAAAUUGCCCUCAGACGGAGCUUCAUCUGAGGCUUCAGCUCAAGACUCUGAACCAGUUGUAAGAGAGAAGGUCUACCUCAGCAAAGGGCCUUUACAAAAAACCCACACCUCCCUCUCGCUGCACAGAACCUCAAAUGUGGUCACUGAUAGUAGUGGCUUAGCCACAAGAACACCUCCAGUGGGUAUGAGCCAACAAGCCCUCAGGCAAGGGGAACAUGCUUGUUCUCCAGUCCUUGACCGACCUCAUCAUCUGAGUAGGAGUCCCAUGGAGGUGAGCCACCUCCGAGCUGCCCUGAGGAGCAGAUGCCUAGACAGGGAGGUUUUAAGGACAACUGUCACUCUUCAGCAGCCAGUGGAGCUGAAUGGGGAGGAUGAACUAGUGUUCACUGUGGUUGAGGAGCUGCCAGCUGGUCUCAUUCCAGACAACGGCCGACCAUCAAGUAUAAUCAGCUUCAACAGCGACUGUUCCUUGCAGGCUCUAGCCUCAGGCUCACGCCCAGUCAGUAUAAUCAGCAGUAUCAACGAUGAGUUUGAUGCCUAUACAUCCCAAAUCGACAGUGCACGGAUAAGCCACGCAAGGUCAAAAGAAGAGCUGUCUGCUGGACACAGUGUAGUUCAAUCUUCCAAAGGUUUAUGGAGCAGCACAUCAAACGUUGGUACCACGCAUACUGAUGGCACAUAUUCAGCAAGGUGCCUUUCAUCCAAGGAACGACCUGAAAAUAAAUCAACAGUGGAUUUAUCUGGUGUUUUACACAUGGAGUCUUUCUCCCAGCAAGGCACAAAAAGCUCAUUCAGUGACAGUGCAAUCUGUUUCUCAGAAUUAGACUAUGAGUCGACACCUUCUGAAAAAAUGUCUAUGACUAAGUGCCCACCACCUCUUGACACUGCCAGAACAUCACUGAGAGGUCACAAGCCUGGAAAGUCUAAUACCCUCAGCUCCACACAAUCCAUCCAGAUGUCCGGCAUUGCCCACUCUACUCUCCCUAGAAAAAACAAGCCUACCUCAUCCGUUGCCUCAACCAGCAUUAGCAGCCGUGAGUUACAGCAACAAGGAAGCAGGACAGAUGAACAAUGGUCGCAUACCAGCAGCCAGUUAGAGUCAAGAAGUACGGAGUUCAUUUGUGCCGGCAAGCCACCUAGAAGCAACUUCAGUGGAAUUCCAUCCAGAAAGAUUGGUGGAAAUAGCAACAGUGUUCCACGGCCUCCCAAAAUACCCAUAUCUUCCUCCACACAGAGGGUCGUGGAUGGCUGUGAGAAAUCCAGCGUUAAGAAAGGAGAGACCCUCAGCAGAAUGCCUCAGCUCAGAAGAGGAGCCACAACACUUGGUGUGGUCUCAGUGCCUCAGAGCUCUACAGAAACCAGGUGGGGUCAUGAUACCAUGCAAACAAGUGCUAGUUUAAAAUUCUCAUCUUUAGGAAAGCGAGCAAAUGGACAGAAGGGCAGCAUGCUUCCAAAAUCCGGCAGCAUGUCUCCCCCUGCCCCUCCUCUGAGAAAAUCCAGCCUAGACCAAAGGACACGGGUUUUGGUGUCCCCUAGUGCCUUAAGGUCAUUGGGCAAUGAUGCAACUAGAUCAUCCUCAUCCAAAGCAUCGGCCUCUGAGGAAGAUUUUGAUGUGCGACUAAGAGGGGAAUCGUUUAGCUUCAAAUCAUCCAGCUUAAAGGCAGGAUCUAGUCUUCAGACAAGAGGAACCAAAGGAGACACUGGGAGAUACUUUGGCAGUCUUUUAUCCCUUGAAAGAUGCGAAAGCUUAACAUCAGUUGGAUCUAAACAAGGAACAUUAAGAGAGAGCAGUAGUGCCAAUCUGGGCAGUGGAAGUGGAAGGUCUACUCGGACUGUGCCCAGACUUGGAGUAACCAGCUCUACAUCUUUGCCCAUCUCUCCGCCAUCGACUGCUUCGGCUGGAGUCAGCAAGCUGGGGCAGAUCAAGGCCAGUAUUACCCCUAGAGUCAUUGCUGGCAAUGGAAACAAAAAGUCCUUGUCUACAAGCGGCUCCAAACCUCUGAGCUCCACCAAAUCGAUUUCCACCUCAACCACACGGAACACCAGUCUACCUCCAACUGGAAAAACUCCAACUCGUUCUGUUAUCGGUUCAAAUGGCAAACCGGGCAAGGGCACCAUUAUGGGCACUAAACAAGCGGUCCGUGCAGCUAACAGCCGGGUUAGCGAGUUAGCAUCUGGCAGCUCCAAGAAACACAUCAAGGGAUCUGGUGAUCAAGCAGGCAGCUGCAGUGAAUUUGGCCCGACUCACAGCGAACCCUCAAUGCCUUCUGCACUGCCCUCGCCCUACAGCAAGAUCACUGCCCCUCGGCGACCUCAGCGCUACAGCAGUGGCCACGGCAGCGACAACAGCAGUGUUCUUAGCGGGGAGCUGCCUCCAGCCAUGGGCCGCACCGCACUCUUCUACCACAGCGGAGGGAGCAGCGGUUACGAGAGCAUGAUCAGGGACAGUGAGACUACAGGCAGUGCGUCAUCGGCUCACGACUCCAUGAGCGAGAGUGGAGUGUCUACCUCCAGCCGUGCCAAGGUCUCCAAGUCUCCCAAAAAGCGAGCCAAUGGCCUGCAGCGGCGGCGGCUGAUCCCUGCUCCCCUGCCGGACACUUCUUCACUGGGCAGGAAGGCUGGGGCUGCAGGCCAGUGGGUCGAUCUGCCUCCGCUGGGAGGAACCCUGAAGGAGGCCUUUGAGAUAAAGGUGUACGAGAUUGACGAUGUGGAGCGGCUGCAGAGGCGCAAGGAGGGCAUGGCCACCGAGCCAUUUCAGGAUGUUGAAAAGGGCUUGCAGUACUUUAACGCUCGCCUCAGGAUGCUGGAGAAGCGGCAGCAGCAGAUCAGGGAGCUGCGGGUCAAGCACGAGAAGCUGAAGAGGGAACUGGAGGAUGCUAAGACCCGGCUAAUGCUGGACCCCGCUAAAUGGAUGGGAGAGUUCGAUGUGGAUCCAGAUCUGGACCAGGACUCCCAGGACUACUUGGAGGCUCUGGCUCAGGCCACAGGCGAGCUGGAGUUCUGUGUUAACCUGUGCAAAUCUCGCGUCAUGCUGGAGACCUGCUUUGACAUCAUGGCCCCAACAUCCCCAGGACAGGAGAUGGAGGUGUGAGAGAGAGAGAGAGUGGGGAGACAGAUGGAGAAAAUAUCAUCACAGCACCGUUCCUAUGCCUUUCUCUUCUUCUCUUUCCUUCUGAGAUGUUACUGCUGAUGUAGAAACUAAGGACUGGACAGUGUCGUUCUGUAGAGGACGAGUUCUUCUGAGAAUCUGGACUUGCUUCUACCUUUAUCAAGACAGAGAAAACAGACAACAUAUACUAAACAAGGUUUCCUCACUCUGUAGAGUGUUAAAUGUGGAGAUAAUGAGGAGAAAUAAGCGAAAGAAGGGGGGAAUAUAUCGUCACUGUCCAAUGAAAAACAUGUAUCUUUAAACCUUUACAGGAGAGAGAUAAAAGUCAUUUUAGGCAAUUUUGGAAGAUUUCUAUUGGUCCAUAUAUCAAGAAAUUUUGACAAGUGACAGUUUGGAUGUUCAAAUUAUGGAACAAAAAUGGAAAUACUUGUUUUUCAUUGGACAGCGAUGAUUUAAAAAAAUGAAUUUAUGUUACCAGAAUGUGCCUUGAUCUUAACAAAUGCAAGGAGUAUCUGUCUUUUCUGAUUGGUGCUAGUAUUAAGCCCACUGAACCUGAGCAAACUCCUUUUGGGAAACAAUACACAAAGUAUUUUGCAGUGUAAAAUAGUGUAUACAGUAUUUAUAUGAUCUCACAGUAUGUAAAAAAAAAGUAACAAUUUAGAUAACAAACUUUAAAAUGUAUAGAAAAAAGCAAUAAGGUAAUUUAUUGCCAUUUUCAAAACCUUUGCCUUUUUUAAUGAUGUUUUUAAUGACCUCCUGUGGAGCUUUUUACUUUUCUUAUCCUUUCUCAUGUCUUUUAAACAUCAUGCAGGAACCUUGUGUAUUCAUUGGUUUGGGCUCAUUUAAUGUUCUUGUCAGCCUUUGCCAAAGCUUGUAUUGGAUGAGCCAACACUGAACCAUUAAACCAUCUGUACUGACAUACCUGUGUUUUAACAAGCUGAGUGUAUAUACUGUGGGAGUGACUGACCAGAUAUUACCACGUUAUAAUGUAUGAGACGAUUUGCUGUUUGGAUAUUUUGUGUUUUUUUAAUGCAAUUUUAUGCAAGAAUUGAUUGCCUCAUACUUUUGGAGAAAAGAGGAUCUGAAGCUUGUGCUUGCUUUUUACCUGUUUACUUAACAGAAGGACAGAAGGCCUAUGUCAUCACUGUCCAGGCAAAUGUAUUAAAAAAAAAACAUGUAUUUUAAUUUUUCUAUUUAAAUUUUUAUAUUCCUGUCUAUUUUAUUUCUUUGUUUAUUUAUCUAUUUAUUUAUUUUUCAUUUGAAUGACCUGCCUGUCCUUUACAUCAUGUUAACAUUUCAUAAUCAAUCAGUGGACUAAUGAAAAUGCUCCAGAUUGAAUGAAAUGUCUUUACAUUUACUUACAUUAAAAGUCAAGAGUGUUUUUGAA